AUGAUAUCCCCUUCAAAGACUGUGACAGAGGCUGCCGAUAGUGAAGAGCAGACAUUAUCGACUUCCUCACUGAAGUCUCUCACGUCAAAUCGUCAGCGUGUAGUGGUACAAGGACCUUCGGGUACACAAACUACAUUAUCCUUUCUGCCUCCUAUAUCUUUAACAUCGAGUUCUUAUGAGGAUGCACAAGGAACGUCUUCUAAGGAGCCAAGUGUAGGACAGACGCAUCGAGCCAGCAACAGGUGUGCCUGUUCGUGUGUCGCUGCGAACCAUUCUCACACAGCUGAGGCCAAGGCCGAAUUGGUUAUAAAGGAGCUGUUGCUGCAAAAGAGUGCCCUGUCAAAACAGACUCGCAAGUACAACAGCGCCCAGGACUGGCGACCGUCGGCCAUUGUGACUGGAGGUGUCGGUGUGGUGUGCCUGGUGGUGUUUGUCGCUCUGGUUGUGACACCUGACGUGGGUCCAGUCGUGCGUUUUCUCUAUCGCUACAUAAAACUUCAGUGCGCGGUUCACUGAUCUGAAAACGGUCAUUGCUGUAGUAGCUAAGAUUUCGCCAUGUGUCUACCACCAGUUUGUGUAGUCACUAUGUAGACUGGCGAAGUGUACCUUCAGAUUGUGGAAUCGUAGAAAUGAAAAUAGUACAUGAUAACAUUUCACUACUAGUCAUCAUCGUAUAUGAUAAAGGCAGUGCCGAAAAAAGGACGCAAAUAACUGAACGUUGUGACAUCAGUGUGUGUGACCCACAACAACAUAGGCAAUAUUAUCACAAUGUAACAUCAAUAUAACAUCCUUUUCCUGAAUUGCAUUCAAAUGAUUACAUUUCCUACAGUGAGAUUUAUCAGCUGUACAGUGAGGCGUAUAAUCAACAAUGAUUUCUAAAACUAAUUUGUAAAUCAGCCUAAAAUUGCAUCAUCAUCGUCGUCGUCGUCGUCGUCGUCGUCUUCAUCAUCAUCAUCGUCAUUGUCAUCAUCAUCAUACCACCACCACUCAUCACUCGCAAAAGGACGUAUCCGUUUCAAAAAUUGAACAGCAGUUUAUGUUAACUUCACUGAGCUCUAGUCAAAUAUAAACAUUGUAGAAACUGUUUAAAUAUAGUAACAUUUGUUUCAGCCUAAGAUGCAUGUUUCAUGCUUUGGUAGUGAUGAGUGUGAGUGUGUGUU